GCUUCUGAACAACAAGAUGGACGGUGCAAGCUAAUUAUAAAAGCAUGAUUGAAACUGAGAGCUUGCCAAAAGUCCCCUUUAUCUUAUAUCAUUUAUGUUUAAAAAAUUGUGGUUAGAUUCUUGUUCUGGUUUGGACGGCUGCUGGAGCAACAGAGAAAUAUUGAGGUUGGCAGGAUGUAGAAGUGUUUACAAGUGAACAAAAAUUAACUUCAUGACUUAAAAAGAGCACAUCACUUGAUUCUUCUCCACUCCUGUGAAGUAAUGGCUUGGAAAUUAUUAAAAAUCUGCACCCUUCUCUCAAUUUGUGCCAUUGUAGUAGUAGCUAGUGAUGAAGAACCCAGAGCAAAGUGUGCAGACCUCAACAACACCACCUUGCUAAAAUAUGGAUCAACAAACAAAAUACAGGUCCAGUAUCUGCUCCUAACACGUAAAAACGCAGACUGUCUUAACCUUUUCACUCAGCUCUGCCUCAACCACACUCAGAAACAUACUGCUCACUUCAACUCUUCACUUCCAACUAAAGUCAUUGUCCAUGGCUAUAGGGCUUUAGGCAGCAAGCCCUCCUGGGUAAUGGGCUUAGCCCAGGCUUUGUUACAAAAUGAAGAUGCGAAUGUUGUGGUGGUUGACUGGGUCUAUAAAGCAUCCUUUGCCUACAACCUGGUAGUAGAUAAUUAUAAAGAAGUGGCUCUGCAGAUCUCAGUUUUUAUUAACCAGCUUAUGACAUUUGGUAGUACUCUGGAAUCAUUCCAUUUAAUUGGCAUAAGUCUAGGUGCACAUGUUUCAGGAUUUGUGGGGACUCUGCUUGAAGGCAAGCUUGGACGAAUUACAGGUCUGGACCCAGCGGGACCCAUGUUCAAAAAUGCUGAUCCAUUUGAUCGCCUGGACCCCUCAGACGCAAUGUUUGUUGAGGCCAUACACACUGACUCUGACUAUUUUGGCAUCUCUAUUCCAGUUGGACAUGUGGAUUUUUUCCUAAAUGGUGGGAUGGACCAAACUGGAUGUGCACAUUCAAGGUUUGCAUCAAUUUUUAUUUAUUUUCCAGUGUAUGGCUAUGUAAUCUGUGACCAUAUGAGGGCGCUGCAUGUGUACAUGAGUGCUCUGAACGGGUCUUGUUCCCUGAUUGGCUUCCCAUGCUCCAGUUAUGAGGAUUUCCUUGAAGGCAGGUGUACCAGCUGCAACUCCUUUGGCAGUUGCCCACAGAUAGGCUUGCUGAGAAACAGUGGAAUUACAGCUUCACCCCUGCCCAUACAUGAGAAAGUCUACCUCAUGACUUCAUCUACAGCUCCAUAUUGUGUCCACCAUAUCCUGGUUGAGCUGAAAGUGGCUCCAUUGGAAAAGAGUGCAGAGGUGCAGGUCACCCUGACCUCAACACCAGGCCCUGAUACAGAGUUAACACUCAGACUUCAGACAGACAAAACAAUUUAUAAAAAGGUGGUAGGUCACCCAGAGCGUCUAUGUAAAAUUGAAUCGAUCCAACUGAGGAACACCGGAACACGAUUGUACAGACAAGCAAACAUACAUGUGGAACACAUCUGUAUCUCUAAGAUUCCCAAAACAAGAAAGAUGGAUUCACUUUGUGUGGAGAAUGUUGAGGUUGGAAGGAGCACACCAUGGUCACAUGACUUUGUCCAGGUGUGCUGAACAUAACAAAGGACAGAAAGAGGCCAAGAGGUUUCCUGCAGAGCGGACAAAAUUAUAUACAGGAUCUCAAACACCUACAUGAAAGCAAUUAUACAUAAAGUUUGUACUGUAGUUUCGUAUAACGGUCAAAUCUGGUAAAACUAACUGAAGACUAAAUAUGUGCAUGCAGAUGAAUGUGCACCCAAAUUAUAUUAAUAGACAAACACAGUCUGCCUACCAUAAUCACAUACUAACAACAGUAAUUUUUAUGUAUUUAUUAAAAAAACAUUUAUCAGUUAUUUACAGUCCAAACUGGAAAAUGUUUUAAACUCUUGUAUUUAACCAAAAUAAUCCUAUAGCUGGGAACUUGUUCCAUGAGCAACCCUCUUUAUGCCACACUUCUUUAGUUGAGUACAAACUCUAAUUUGGCUGUUCUAAAACACACACAUUUUCACACUCUUAUUUAUAAACCUAUUCAUUACUUACUCGUGUUUUUGUAUAAUUACACGUUGCACUGUCCAGUUCUAUAUCUCAAUCAGUGGCGAUUUCUCUAAGACUGCAAGGGAAGCUCAGCUUCCCCUAAAAUGUCAAAAAUUAAAUGGUCAAAUAUGUACAGUUGUGUUAACAUUUCAUUGACUACAAAUGCUUUAGAACACGUAUAUCUCGAAGACAAGUUCGUUCAGAAUCAGCUACUUAUCACGAAUCGACUGACUCGAUUUUGUUAACUUCUCAUACAUUCCCGUAGCGUCAAUGCAUUUGCCCGUAGAAGCUGAGCGUUUAUUCACUUCAAUGGGACUGCAUGGAACGUUUUUUUUCAUUGCUUCGAAACUCGCCGGUCAUUGGAUAAAUGCCACGAUUUUGUCCCACCCCUGGACGCUGAGCGUCUCUGGGGGUGAAUGGAGCUGUGAGCGGGUCUGGACGCUGAGCUUCUGCAAGAUGAUUGGAGGAUCAGUCAAAAGGCUGAAUCCCGUUUUCAUUGACAGCUAUUUUGAGAUCUACACGUCACUUAAUCACUGGGAGCUUCAGUCCCAUCACGGAUUUUGCGAGUGAAGUCGAAAGACAAACUGCAACCUAUUUCUUGGUAUUUGCUUGGUGAAAUUACUUGACCAUUUCCAUUGUUCAUUGUGUAAAUAAAACACACUCAUAGUAUUUGUUUCAGUUUAACAUAAUUUCAACAUUUCCUUGUUCGAGUUCAGGCCAUUUUCUUGAAAAGGAACGGAGGGCAGAAUUUAUGUGUAAAUAAAUUGACCAAUUUUAUGAUGUAAGCCGACAAUGAGCUUCCCCUCUUUGAAAGACCAGCAGCCGCCACUGAUGUCAAUGUACUUCUACAACAUACACCUGCAGUUUCUUUAAGAACAAGCAAUUUUUGGACAAGUCAUUAGUGCAGAUGUUCACUUUUUUAGCCUGGGCCAAAAACGAUUGGAUUAAUUAAUGUGUUCUUAUUUAUUUAUUAGGAUUUUAAUUUCAUGUUUUACACACUUUGGUUACAUUAAUGACAGGACAGGUAGUUACUGGUUACACAAGAUUCAUCAGUUCAAGUCUAAUGUCAAACACAGUCAUGGACAAUUUUGUAUCUUCAAUUCACCCCGCUUGCAUGUCUUUGGACUGGGGGAGGAAACCCACACAGACGCAGGGAGAACAUGCAAAGUCCACACAAAACCCAGCUUUUUUGCUGUAAGGCGACAGUGCUACCCACCGAGCCACCAUGCCACCCAAUUAAUGGGUUCAAAAAAGUUAUGAAAAGAACACUUUGUGUAUGUAAAAUAGAUAGCAAUGCACUUAUGCAAAAACGACACACAAUUAAACUGUAUAGUUAACAGUAAACUCAACAGUGUUUAUUAUGUGUUCCAUUAAAACCACACGUGUAUCAUGUAUAAAAAUUUAAAGUUGUUAACAGCUCAACAGAGUAAUACUAACAGCAUCUAACACUGGUAAAUGACUGGAGUUCAGUUUGAUGAAUUGAUUCUGUCUAAUCACAAAUAAUGCAAUAAUAAUGUUUAAAAUGUGAUAUAUAAUAAUAAUUGUGAUGUACACUAGCUUUGAAAUCUGAGAAUUAUUUAACAUAUACAUAAUGCUGUACUAUGGUGAUUCUCCUGCAGAUCUUGUAUAGUUCUUAGCCAUAUACUUUUUUGUAUCAAUUAUGAAUACCACUGGAUAUAAGCACAUGACAAAUGUACAAGAAAAUGUAAUUGUCCAGUCAAAAGUUUGGACACAUUUGUAUCAAAAAGGUUUUUUUUUUCUUAUUUUAAAUUUUUUAUGCUAUGUGAAAUAAUAGUAAAAACAUUAAACCUAUAACAUAUAGAAUUGUGUGAGUCUUGAAGGUAUUCCCACAUAUACAGACUGCUUUUAAUCUACAUUGGUGGGUAAAUUAAAUUCACCUUAACCAGAUGUAUCCAAACUUUUGUCUAAUAGCGAAUUAAAGGCAUUAAAAAAAGCAUUAACUGUUGAAUAAAGCCUAACCUAGUACAUGCAAACUAUAGACUAGGAUGUGAACCAGUCAUGCAUUUGCAUUUGCAGUGUUUUUUUUUUAUUAAAAUAACAUAAAAGUAUUGGACCCUAAAAUGCAUUGAUUGUUUAAGGUAAAAUAAAGAUGUCAAGCAGUU